AUGCAGCUAACUGUUACUGUGCGUCCAUCCUGUGCGUACUCGUCACACACGCCUCCAUUCUUCCGCGUCAACCUCUGCCCCUCCGAGUCCGCUGACACAACAUGCGCACGCGAGUCGUCGUCCCUCACGUCAGUCGUCCUCUACGCUCUCGUCCUCGCUGGCCACGACCAUGCGCAGCCGCACGCCAGCGUCCGCAUGCCACAACGCAUUCUGCUCACGCCGUCCGUAUGUGCUCACUUCUUGCCGUCCGCGCGCUUGAAUGCAGAUGCCUCUCGCGCCAUCGCGCGAAAUGAGCCGCGUUUCUGUCUGCAGGCCACCGGGUCCACGGAAGACGUCGCGGUCAGUAACAUGCCAUGCGCCAUGGGCCAUGCGAUGACCUUGGACUCGUCGCGCCCGCGCUCCACGUCCACCGGGGCAGCCGCUGUCGACCACAAGGCUCGCCAGGACAGCGUCGACGGGGGCGCGCGCGAGCACACGACGGGUGACGCGGGAGCAAGACACGCGCAAGAAAUCGCUCGCACGCGGGCACGCGGCCGAGCCGUCAGCAGCGCGCACCGUGGGCAAUGGCGCAUGCGCGUGCGACGGACGACGAGCAGUAGACAACAUCCUACCCGCGUCAAGGAAACGACGACCGGCACCGCGAGCGUGCCGCCAGAGGAGCGAGAUUCAGACGCACAAGGCGGAGACUGCAGGGCACGGCGAAGACCUCGAGCAGCGUCCGUUCGCCCCAGCAUCCUGUGCACCCCGUCAGCUGCAAGUAACGCGCCCGCGCCGGACGCACAGCCUGAUCUCAGGGAAUCCUCACACACAACGCGCGUGGGUACGCCGAGCGUUCCUUUAUUCCCGCUCGCUUCGCCCGCCGUCCGCCGUCCGACGACUGCCCCAGUGCGCCUCCAUCCACCCGCCGCCGCCGCCGGUGCGUCAGAGCAGCGACCAGGACACGAAUCGUCCGCGGUGUCGGGCGCCGUCGAUCGGUCACACAUCGCCCGCGCCGCCAAACUACGUCUGACGCACAACGCAACGGACCGGGUUCAGCAAAGGAUGAUCUCUCGCACAUUUGCUUUGCCCGCGCUUUGCGUGCGCUGA